AUGGAUCUCCAGAAUUUGAAAGUUGCCUGUGCGAUUUUGAUUUCUCUUCUUAUAAGCCAGAAUGUUAUUGUCUUGGGGUUCAAAGUGAUUCAAGACAGUGGCUGUAAAAAAGUUUUGCUACAGGCACCAAAUCAUAUCGUAACUAAAAAGGGCAAACUUCGCAGUACAAAAGUCGCAGUAGGAUACGAGGUCUGUGCAGAAAUAGGCGAUUACACUUAUUACUGUCCAGGAGGUGAAAUAUGUUGCUCGCCCGGAAAUCCAAAAUCCAAAUGCUGUCCGGCAGACCAUCCUUUAUGCCUACCUGAAGGAUGUUGUCCAGAAGGAUAUCCAAAGGUGUGCGGUCGGUAUUGCUGCGAGGAGGACAGCUUCUGCUGCAAUGGCGAAAAUUGCUGCUCGAGUGAAGAAGCUUGUUGCGGGGAAGACAAAUGCUGUACGCAAAAGGCUCCUUGUUGUAAAUACGGUGAGUCCAAAGAAUGCUGCGACGAGAACCUUCAGGCGUGUUGUGAUGGCUAUGGAUGUGUUGAUCCGUGCGCGUCUCAGUUCGACGCUUUCGGAUGUCAGUUGGCUGGUCGUUCACUUUCCUCCAAUAGCAUCUCUGGUGUUUGUAAAUUUGGGAGAAAACUUUGGCGAAUAUUGCGACCUGACGAAGUUCCCAAAGUCGGACUUAUAGCAAAAGAUCCCCUUGAGUCUAAAAAGGUUAGAUCACACGUUAACUGCGGAAGUCGGGAAGGGUACAAAUCGCAGUUCAUAUCAACAACAGCGUCUUACGAUGUUGCACUGCAUUAUAAGGCAGAAGGAGAGAAAAAAGGCUUGACCGGAUUACGAAUCGCCGAGAUUGACCUUGACGAUUUGCCUGAGACUUGCAAAUUGGAGAUAGUGGACUUAACAACUGCGGAAAACCGAGACAAAUACUUAGGAAAAGCUGUUUGUAAGAAUUUUGCUAAGGCUUCCUGUGAGGUGCUUCUUCAAUGCGAUAUGCCAAUCCCAUGCCGUGUCGUUGAUCCCUGAAGAGAAAACAUCUUCGAAA